AUGAUCAACGAACACGACUUCAACCUGUGGAACCUGCACCGCAACACGUCCAGCGAUCAGCUGCAGUGCAAGCUCAAUUUCACCGCCCCGAUGUCCAUUGCUAACAAGAAUGAUCUUUUCUUUGCCGCUACCUUUCGCUACAUCAAACGCCUGCGUAAGGGUCUUGAUGGGGUGUGGCUCUCCGAUGCCGAAUCUUGCAGGUAG